AUCAAUAUUAUUGCGCAAUAAUUGAUAUUGUGCAAUAUUAUUGUUCGUCUGAUACUAAUAUUGUGCAUACUGCGCAAGUAUUGAAUGAAAAUUGUGCUUGUUUGAAAAUAAUUGCACAAUAUUGAAUAAUUUGUACGUGUAGGCAUAAUAUUGUACAAUAAUUGUUUUUGACGGUUCAGUUGAAUUCAAGUCACCAUGGCGAAACGCAAUGAAGACCGCGAAUUUAUUAUUGAACUAUUGCAAUUAUAUCGCCAACAUACAGCUUUAUGGAAAGUUAAAAGUACUGAAUAUAGUGAUAGAAACCUGAAGAAUGAGGCAUAUAAUGUAUUAAUUGAAAAAUAUAAAGAAGUGGACCCAAAUGCAGACAAAGAAAUUGUGAAAAAGAAAAUUAAUAGUCUGAGAACUAAUUAUCGAAAAGAGCUGAAAAAAGUAAAAGCGUCCUACAAAUCUGGAAGUGGUACUGAUGAUAUAUACGUGCCUCCGUUAUGGUAUUAUAAUGAAUUAAAUUUUCUACAAGACCAAGAAGUACCUGUGGAUGGAUCAUCUACAAUUAUUUUACAAAGCGAGGAUGAGCCACAAGACGACGUAGACCUCUCAAUAAACGCACAGGAGCAAAACAUACCAGAGGAACAAUACACAAAUGUUAAGCUAAGACCGAAACCAACCAUACAGCCACCACCAGCAAAAAAAACAAAUGGUUACUUCUCAAAAGGAAUUACUAAAUAUAGCAUGUGAGUAUUUGAAAAAUCACGAUGAGUAUGAAAAUCUCGGAAUAUCAUGGGCAAAUGAGAUACAAAAAAUGAGAGUUGAUCAACAAAUGCAUGCAAAAAAAGCCAUUCAUGAUAUUUUGUAUGAAGGUCAGUUGGGUACUUUACAUAAAAACUCCGUAAAAAUCAAUGAACCUUUAAGUAACCAAAUAACACCUCAAUCCUCAGUAUGGUCAUUUCCAUCAACUUCGUCAACACCAUCACCAUAACUGACAACACCACAACUUCAUAUAGAGCAGUAUCACUCUUUGGAUAGUAUUGACAGUGCAGCAGCAUAUUUUUCAAAUUACUCCGAUCAGUAAAUUUGUUUAUUUUCAAUUAUUUAAA